AUGGCAGACCUCUCCUCCCAGGUUCAAGACACAACAAAAGAUACUGCCUCUUCUAAAGAGCAGGAAUCCCCUGGUGCGUUCAAUAGUCCUUCACCAAGUUUGGCGCUUAUCGUCCCCAUUGCAGUCAAUCUUGAGUCAGUCCCCAGGAGCGGAGCUGGCGUCGUGAAUGAUGCCGGAGAAGUCCUAGAUGACGCCGGCAAGACCGUUGGCAAGAUCGCCGACACCGAUAACCUCCAGAACCUCGUUGGCAACACCGUCAACCAAGCCGGUGAUGUUGUCAGCUCCUCGGGCGAUGUCCUCGGCAAGACCCUGCCCAUAGGACAAGGCAAGCCUGAGGAGGAAGAGGACUCCCACGACGAGGAGAAGAGCGAAUACACAACCCAGUCCAAAGAGAAGAAGUCUGGUGGUCUGGGAAGCGCCCUCGGUAGCGUUACCGGUACCGUUGGAAAGGCUGUUGGGGGAGCCACAGGAGCUGUUGGCGACACAGCGAAGGGUGCCACAGAUACCGUCGGCGACACAGCAAAGGGGGCUACAGACACAGUUGGCCUCGGCGACACAGUAAAGGGAGCUACAGACACCGUUGGCGAUACAGCAAAGGGUGCCACAGAUACUGUUGGCGGCACCGCAGAGGGCGCCACGGACACUGUUGGUGAUGCCACUGAGGGCAUUGCCAACAAGUCAGAAGCCACCUCCCAAGCUACCGACACAAAGACACCAGCUGAGACACCUGGAGCCCCAGAGGUCAAGGACGAGACACCCGAUGUCAAAUCCGAGGACCAAGACCAGAAGGACAUUAACCUCGAGGACCGCGAUGCUCCUGGCGCUGAAGACAAGCUGAAGGAGAUCCCCCCAGAGUCCGAGGAGGCUAAGGAGGCAACCGACAAGGCAGAGGAGACUGCUGAGGGUGUUCCUGAACAAGCCAAGGAUAUCCCUGAGGAGGCCAAGGAGGACGUUACCUCCAAGGUCGACGAGCAAGAUGUGCCCAAGCCUGAAGAUGUCGAGGAGAAGCUUCAGGAGAAGACUGAGGGUGCCCAAGAUGAGGUUCCCAAGUCUGAGGCUGCCGACGAGAUCCCGAGUGGUGAAGCCCUUGGUGAUGAUGGUAACAAGUCCAAGGCUGGUGAUGACCUGAAGUCUGUCGCUCCCGGCGAGGAGGCUGCUGGUGUCACCGAUGAGGUCCAGGACAAGGCUGCAGAAGGCGAGGAAGCCGCUAAGGAUCUUCCUGAGGAUGCUCAAAGCAAGGCCGCUGAAGGUGAAGAAGCCGCCGAGGGCAAGCUUGCUGAGGGUGAGGAAGCUGCUGCUGACCUCCCCGAGGAUGCCAAGAGCAAGGCUGCUGAGGGUGAAGAGACUGCUGAAGGCAAGGUGGCCGAGGGCGAGGAAGUCGCUGGCGAUGCCACCGAGGAGGCUAAGGACAAGGCCGCCGAGGGUGAAGAGGCCGUUGAAGAGAAGGCUGCUGAGGGCGAGGAAGCUGCCAAGGAGCUCGACUUCUCUAUCCUCAAGGGCACCACUGUCGACAAGGAAGGUAACCUCGUCAACGAGAAGGGAGACAAGCUCGGCAAGGUUGUCGAAGGAGAGCUCAAGCAGCUCAUCGGUCUCAGCAGCGACGACCAAGGCGUCAUCUGGGACAAGACUGGCAAGCAGCUCGGAAAGGCUGAGCCUAUUCCCGAGUGGGAUCGCGAGCAGCUUGACUUCUCCGUUCUCAAGGGUACCACCGUCGACAAGGAGGGUAACCUCGUCAACGACAAGGGCCACCUCAUCGGAAAGGUCACUGAAGGCGAGAUCAAGCAACUCAUUGGCCUCACUGCUGAUGAGCAGGGUACCAUUUGGGACAAGACCGGCAAGAAGGUCGGAAAGGCCGAGCCUCUUCCUGAGUGGGAGCGUGGUGAGCAGAAAGAUUACAGCAUCCUAAAGGGCACCACUGUUGACAAGAACGGAAACCUCGUCAACGAGAAAGGUCACCUCUUCGGUAAGGUCGUUGAGGGCGAGAUCAAGCAGCUCAUCGGCUUGGCUUCUGAUGACCAGGGUACCAUCUGGGACAAGACUGGUAAGGCCGUUGGUAAGGCUGAGCCUCUUCCCGAAUGGGAGCGUGGUGAGCAGAAGGACUACUCCAUCCUCAAGGGAGCUGUUGUCGACAAGGAGGGUGGCCUCACUAAUGACAAGGGAGACACCAUCGGCAAGGUCACUGAGGGUGAAGUUCGACAGCUUGUUGGUCUCAAGUCUGACGAGAACGGCAAGAUCUGGAGAGACGGCAAGGUUGUCGGCCAGGCUGAGCCACUCGCUGAGUGGGACCGCGUCCAGAAGAAGGAUCGUUCCAUCCUCAAGGGCGCCAAGGUCAACAAGGUCGGCAAGCUCGUCGACGCCAACGGUACUGUCGUCGGCAAGGUUGUUGAGGGCGAACUGAAGGAACUCGUUGGCAAGCGCGCCGAUGAGAACGGUGACAUCUGGAACGACUCCGGCGAGGUCAUUGGCAAGGGUGAGCCUGUUUCCAUCUCCGAGCGUGAGGACAAGGCCUCCGCUCCCUUCGAGCACUUCCCUGGCGCCACCGUCGAGUCUGAUGGCCGUGUCAUGUACCAGGGUGAGCAGGUUGGUGAGGUCAUCGAGGGUGACCCCAAGCAGCUCAAGGGCAGCGAGGUCGAUGAGGAUGGUGACAUUCUCGACCGCCGUGGCAACACUGUCGGUAAGGCCAAGCGCUGGGAGGCUCCUGAGGCUGAGGAGGAGAAGCCCGUCGACAACUCUGCUCUUGCUGGUAAGCGCGUCAACAAGGCCGGUAACCUCGUCAGCGAGUCUGGCGAGAUCUACGGCCGUGUCAUUGAGGGUGAUGUCCAGAAGCUUGUUGGGCGCAUGUCUGACAAGGAUGGAAACAUCCGAAGUGAGUCUGGCGACAUCAUUGGCAAGGCCCAGCUCGUCUCUGAGGGUGAGCGUGGUGGUAAGAAGGAGGGUCCCUUCGCUCAGCUCAAGAACUGCACCGUCGGCAAGGAUGGUAAGGUCGUCAACGGAGCUGGCGAGGUUGUUGGCAAGCUUGUCAUUGGUGAUGCCAAGGCUCUUGCUGGACGUGCUGUUGAUGAUGACGGUGAGAUCACCGACUCCAACGGAAAUGUCAUCGGCAAGGCUGAGCGCUGGGAGGAGCCUGAGAAGGAGCAGAAGCACAACCCUCUCGCCGGCCGAAAGGUGAACCGCGAGGGUAACGUCGUUGACGCUGAUGGCAACAUCAUCGGCAAGCUUACUAGCGGUGAGCUCCUCGACUGCGCUGGCAAGGAGAUCGACGAGGAUGGUGAUGUCUUCAACCAGAAGGGAUCUGUUAUCGGUCACGUCUCUCUUCUCGAGGACAUCCCCAAGGAGGAGGAGCCUGAGCCCGAGGGUGAGACUGAGGAGGAGAGACUCAAGCGCGAGCAGGCUGAGGCCGAUGAGGCCAAGCAGACUGAGGAGGCUGAGAAGAACAAAAAGCUCGCUCAACAACUGGCUUACCAGAUUGAGCAGACUCUUGAGAGGCUCCGACCCAUCUGCAAGUCCAUCAACGACAAGAUCAGCGCCGCUGAGGCUCAGAAGCCUGAGGAUCGUGAUGAGGAGGAACUUGUCCGACAGGUCAAGCCUCUCAUCGAGGAUGGUGGUAAGAUCUUGACUGAGACCAACGGUAUCAUCCGUGGUCUUGAUCCUGAUGGUCGUAUCGCUCGCAACGCCAAGCAGAAGACUGCUGGUGGUGAAGCUACUCCCGAGGAGGCCCACCUCGCCAACUUGCUCAAGGAGCUCUCAACUGAGAUUCAAACCACCAUUGAGGAGGGCAAGCGCAAGCUCGAGGGUAUGCCUCACGCUAAGAAGGAGAUCAACCCUCUCUGGGGUCUCCUCGCCGAGCCUCUCUUCCAGAUUGUCGCUGCUGUUGGUCUAUUGCUCAGCGGUGUGCUCGGCCUUGUUGGCAAGCUUCUCGGUCCCAUCCUGGGUCCUCUGCUCAACGGUCUUGGUCUUGGUGGUCUGCUCGAUGGUCUUCUCGGAGGUCUUGGCCUCAAGAAGAUCCUCGGCAGCCUUGGUCUCGGUGAUGUCGUCGGCACAGUCACCGGCAAGAAAUAA